GAGGCUGAUGAAACCUGCAGGGUGGUGGGGCUGUGGACCAGGAUAAGGGCCUCAUGGUUUUGUAUGGGUGCUUGGAAAGUUUGAUUUCUGUAUGAAGUCCUUGAGAGUCUUACAGCAGAGGUUUUCAGUGAUAAAUGACCCGCUGUUGUAUAGCGCCUUCCAGAGUCCGUGUAUCAUCCACCCAAUGGUGGUGAUGAGCUACCAUGGAGCUACAGCUGCCCUGGGGCGCACCGACCACCACCAGCAGUUACGGUGGGGUAAGAGUCUUGCCCAAGGACACAACAGCAGCAUUCUCUGGAGCCGGGAUUGACCCUGCAACCUUCUGGACAACCCGCUCCACCUGUUGAGCUGCUGCUGUUUCGAUAAGGAGCAGUCCGUAGGAUUUGACAUACUUUCAUGUUGAAGGCAGAAAGUGUCCUGAGUGGCUCCGGUUCUUUACACCAACAGCUGCUGACAGCUAUGCAGAAAAUCCAUUGGAUGACCCGGUGCCUAGCAGUGCAUGACUCGGGUGAUAGCAGUAGACCGGGUUGGUGCCUGCUGGACUGAACCAAAUCUGCCUGUAGGAGUCUCUAGAAACCGCUCUGACAGGUGAGUGGGCGUGCUACUGGUCAGCUGUGGUGGUGGGAUGUUGGUUCCUGUCUUUAUUAAAGUUCUGCUUCUCUGUAAUAAAACGGUUCAAACACUAACUUAAGUUUCUGGGGCCUGGUGGUCAGGGACCCUGUGGAGCCUAGGCUCAUCCCACCUGUGUGUGAAAGGAUGAAGGACUGUAAAGGUCUUUGGGGUCCUCUGACUCAACCACUGGGACGUACUUGCCUUCUUGUUUUAUUGGUAAUAUUUUACAGCUUCUUGGCUUGUGCAAUAAGGUUAAUGUGAAUCUCGCUUGUUAAAUAAAGAUGAAGCUGGUUUGCAGCUCCUACAGGAAAUACAUGGACAAAGACCUUUAUUUUGAUAGGCUAUACAGGAAGUGAUGCGUAGCCGCUCUGUGACGUAGGCGCUGGUGUGUCCUCUCGUUCCAGUAUCGGUGAUGGAACACCAGAAGGAAGCUCUGCGACGCAUCAUCAGCACAUUAGCCAGUAAGAAUGAGGAGCUUCAUCACUUCCUGGAAUCAGUCGAUAACACUGUGGCAGGCCUGCAGGAGGAGUCUUGUAAAGUGAUGUCAGAGCUGGAGGAGGAGCUUGAGAAGCUAAGCUCUGCGCUGAAGGAAAGAGGAGCUGAACUGGGAGACAUCAUCAAUAAAGAGAAGCAGAGAAAGGAGGCGGAGCUUGAGCGACAGCUUUUGGAGGGAAGGAAUGCUCUUCUGUCCUGUGAGGAGCUGCUGGAGUUCGCAAAUCAAACACUGUCCGUUACCAACGAAGAAGAAUUUUUCACGGCAGCAAAACAAAUCAAAGAGCGGGUAACAAUGGCUCCAGCAUUCCGUUUGACUACUCGGCCGAUGGUUUCAGAGAACAUGUCCCAAUAUACUGUUGACUUCAGCACAGAAAGGGCGGGGCUUCAGCGCCUUUACUUCCUGCCAGUUCCUGGAUCUCCAGAGAUUGACACAUCACGAUGUGCUGUCCGCGAUAACGCCAUCACUGUAGCUUGGCAACCGAUCGGUGAGACAGCUGAAGACGGCGGACCAAUUGAACGCUAUGAACUGGAAUACAGAAAAACAAACUGUGACAACCCGCUGAGAGUCACAGGAGCAUGCUGGGAAAAAAUCUGUGACAUUAGAAAUACAGAGGUCACGAUCUCAGGUCUGAAAUUUGAUACACUGUUCGUUGUUGUUCGAGUUCGAGCAAGAAACAAAGCAGCUGCUGGAGAGUUUUCAGAGCCUGUUGCCAUGGAAACCAGAGCGUUUAACUUUGGCUUUGAUGCUGCAACGGCUCACGCUGAGCUGAAGGUUCAGGGCGACACGAUCACCUGGGAACCGCAGGGGGUCAAAGGUCAUGAGGCGCGCCUUCGAAGCAAGGACAAUAAAAGCAGCAGAGGCUCCACUCCAUCUCCACAUAAGACGGCAGAAAGUCGAGUCAGACGUGAGCGAUUUGCCGGAGAGUCGUACACGGUGCUAGGUGAUCAGGACAUGAAUAAGGGCUGUUACUACUGGGAGCUCCGCCCCCUGGAUGAUUGGAAGUCAUUGAGUGUGGGCGUGGCCUAUCGGGGCAACUUGGGGCGAUUUGACCAGUUAGGGAAAAGUGCUGGUUCGUGGUGUCUGUUUGCCAGCCAAUGGCUGCAGAGUUCACUUGCUGCCAAGCACAACAACCGGGCAAAGGCGCUGGACUGGCAGCUGCCGCGGCGAAUCGGAAUCUACUGCGACUAUGACCACGGAGAUCUGCUGUUUGUUGACGUUGAUCGACUUUGUCUUCUGCAUAGCUUCAAAACAAAGUUUGUCCAGCCGCUCGUCCCUGCUUUCACUGUGUGGUGUGGCAGUAUUACCAUAGCAACUGGGCUGCAGGUGCCGAGCUUUAUGGGAACCUUCCUGGAAACCCAUCGCACCCCGUCUCAGUAGAAAUUGGUGAAUUACUGGUCUGAUGUCAGCAUGGCGGAGUCAUCCGUUCAUAAAUGUUUUACUGUAAAUCUUUAAAAUCUGUCAGAAACAUGUAUUCUGUAAAUUUUCACACAUUUAACAGGAAAUACAGUAAUAUUGUAUUUAUUUGAACCAGCAGGACUUAUUGUUAAAUUUUAGUCAGUUGUUUUUUGUAAACGUAUUGUGGAGCAUGGACGUAAUUUUCACUUUAGAAGUGGGGGUGGGGUGGGGGGGGGGGAUCUUUACAGUAUGUUCUAAUAGGAAACAGGCUUCAACGUAAACGGUUGUUUUCUGCUUGGUCCUAGAGCUCAACCAGUGCCCAUUUAAUAUAGCGUAAUGUUUUCGGAUGGUAAAAAGUGCAGGGGUCAAAACUUGACUUCGGAAAAAGUGGGGGGGGGACAUGUCCCCCCCCCCCCCAAAUUACGUCCAUGUUGUGGAGGAAUGUGUCCGUCUACCCGUCAAACUUCUAGUACCAAGCAUUUCUAGUUUUUAAGAGUUAAAACAGCAAUAAAUGUCAAAUAAACUCAAAUGUUUUAACAAAUCUGUCGAUCUCUUAUGAUGAUGACACACUUUUGGAGUCUAUAGGGCCACCUGUCACCACAGCUGAAGACAAAUCAGCACAAAGUCACAAAAUCUAUUUCUCUACAAGGACCUAAUAAGUAUCCAUCCAUCCGUUUUCGGCCACCUAUCUGGAGUCGGGGUGUUGGGGCAGCAGCCUAAGCAGGGAGGCCCGGACUUCCUUCUCCCAGCCACCUGAAAGACAUCCCUCCAGCGGGUCCUGGAUCUUCCUUUAGGGCUUGUCCUCACCAGGAGGCAUCCUGACCAGACGCCCGAGCCACCUCAGCUGGCUGGCCCCUCUCAACGUGGAGGAGCAGCGGGUCUACUCCAAGCCCCUCCCGGAUGACCGAGCUUCUCACCCUAUCUCUAAGGGAGAGCCCAGCCACCCUGCAGAGAAAACUCAUUUCGGCCGCUUGUAUCCGCAAUCUCGUUCUUUUGGUCACUACCCAAAGCUCAUGACCAUAGGUGAGGGCAGGAACGUAGAUCGGCCAGAAAAUGGAGAGCUUCGCCUUUUGACUCAGCUCUCUCUUCACCACGACAGACCGGUACAACGCCCGCAUCACUGCAGAUGCAGCUCCAAUCCGCCUAUCGAUCUCACGCUCCAGUUUUCCCUCACUCGUGAGCAAGACCCCGAGAUACAUGAACCCCUCCACUUGGGGCAGGACCUUUUAUUACGAUAUGAUUGUAAUAACUUAAGAGUCAUUUUAUGAGCCAGACAAGAUAACUACCACAGGAUAAGUUAGGAAUGUCAGCACCACCGUGUCAGAGUGGCAUGACCGUGUAAGUAUGGUCUAAGUCAGAAAGUUAACUUCUGGUCAUUGUAAUGAAAUACGUGGCCUUUUUGGUACGAUACAAGAGCAUUUUUCCACAUAAUUACAAAUCCUACAGUUAUAGAAACAGGAGAAUUAAAACGGGUCGAGUGUCGAAACCUUAAGUCUAUGCUGUUAAAUAUUUAGGACCCUGUAAUAGAUCCGCCUGGCCUGCCAGACUCGUCGUCUACAAAGAGAAGUAGUCUGGUCCCUCACAGGCAGAAGAACAGCUGAUGAAGACUGCGGUCGCCGGUGGAAACGUGUGGAGGUAAACCGACAACACAACCUCACUAAGCCUUCCCGUUUGUGAUGGUCAGGUCCGACUCGUGACCUGUUACAUUGGUCUGAUGUCUAAAAACAAACAAGUCAUUAAUCCAAAAGGACUUUAAAAGCUGUUCCUGAUGCAGAAAAACUUUCAUAUCUGAUUCUGUCACAGAGUAGCCAGUUUGAGCCAAUCACAGUUCACUUUAAUGUCAUUUCUCUACAAACAGGAAGUCACAAGAUCACAAACAAGUGGAUCUAAAGCAUUUCUGUGUUUCAGGAUUCACGUGAAUUACACGAGGGGCCGUUCCGCAGUACUCACAGAUAUUUCAGACAGAAUUUACAGACAGAUUUCCUUUGAAGCAUAAAUACUUUUUACACAUCGACACAAACAGAAGAGGAGGAGGGGCAGGAGCCAGAUGUCGGCCCCGCCCCCUUCAGCCCGCCACACGGUAGUUGGAAUGAAACUCCGGCUUGAUGUCGCAGACGUGACGCAGCAACUCAUUCAGCACAAUCUCACGGUUACCACGGUAACUCUCCUGGAUACGAGCCAUUUUCUCAGCUGUGUCACGGUCCACUUCCACUGCACUGUUACCAUGGGAACCAAGAGCCUGGGAGGGGCGGAACCAGGAGAGAUUUAGGACAGGAAGCUAGACCACAAAAAGACUAAUGGGGGUGUACUGACUGCUGCCUCCUUGGUCUUGAACUCCUUCUCCCUCUGCAGGCGGUACUGUUCGAUCUCUGCCUGCGCCUCCUCCUUGGCCUGCUUCAGGCGCCGGUUCUUACCUGCACAGGUCACAUGACAUGACAUCACACCAUGACACUGCACUAGUAGAUCACAUCUAAAUUAAUUCAGACAUAAGAACAGAUGUAAGUUCUCUACAGAGACAGUGAUGUGUAAAAACAGCACCAGGACGUUUGUGGACACAGGUGACAUCUAUGCCAAUAGGCCACAAUCCCAGGGGGGGACAUGUCCCCUCUGGCAUAACGUUGUCCCCCC